CAUUCAGGUUUGGUGGGGCAGUGCCAAUUCUUCCAUCUCUGCCUCGUGCGAAGAAAGAGCAAGAGAAAGAGGAUCCACGCCGGUCGACUCACAAAACUUAUUGAAUUGUCGACACUGCUCUCCGAUUCCCCGCAGACCAAAGCGAUUCCCCGCCCUCGAGUUUUGCCAGUAGAACAAUCCCUUUGAAACCAUGUCCAACGUUCAGGACUCCUGGGAGGACGACCCGGCGGCUCAGGACGAGAACCUGGCGCGCCAGGCGCAACAGCAGAUGAACAUCGGUGGCCAGCAAGCUCAGGGAGGGUUCCGGCCCGGCGCUGCCGCUUUCCAGCCUACAGCGCAAACCUUCCAGCCGGGCCAGACAUAUGCCGGCGGAUACGGGUACCAACAGCCUUACUACGGCGGUCAGGGUUUCUACCCCCAAUAUGGUGGCCAGCAGAAUUUUGGGCAGUACGGCCAGCAAGGGUACGGGGCUGUUUACGGCCAAGCUGGUUACAAUCAAGGAUACGGUCAGUGGCAGGGCUACCAGCAGCAGCAGCAGCAGCAGCAGCAGUUUCAACCCCAGCAGGCCCAGCAGGCCCAGCAGCAAGCUCCCAAGGCCGCUCCCACUGUCGCCAAGCGGCCAGACGCCCCAGCGGAUGAUGCGCCAAAGCCCACUGUGGCCAAAGAGGGUGGCGCAAAGGUUCUAAGCAUAGGCGGGGAUGCACCCAAGCCCAAGGCCAAGGUUCUGUCCAUCGGCGCGACUCCCCCUGCCAAGGAGGAGCCAAAGAAGGAAGAGCCGAAGGUGGAGGAGACAAAGAAGAGUGAGGCAAAGAAAGAAGGGACUGCGGAAGCGGCCGCUAAAGUAACGGCCGCCAAGGCGAUCGAUAAGACAGACGCAAAGGGGGCCAGCAGCGGCAAGACUUCACCCACUCCUUCGUCGGGCCGUUCCAGUCCAUCUCGCGCCGCCAAGACUGCUGCUGCCCGCGAUGUCGACGCCGUUGAGAAGGAGCAGGCGGCAGAUGUAGACGAGGAGACGCUCAAGGAAAUAUACGGCAAAGAGCACGUCAACAUCAUCUUCAUCGGCCAUGUUGAUGCGGGCAAGAGCACACUAGGAGGCGCCAUCCUCUACGUCACAGGGAUGGUCGAUCAGAGAACGCUAGACAAGUACAAGAGAGAGGCCAAGGAGAUGGGCCGCGAGACGUGGUAUCUAUCGUGGGCUCUCGACUUGACAAACGAGGAGCGCUCCAAGGGUAAGACUGUCGAGGUCGGCCGUGGUUUCUUCGAGACGGAGAAGCGACGGUACAGCAUUCUUGAUGCGCCCGGCCACAAGACGUACGUGCCAAACAUGAUUGGCGGUGCGUCGCAAGCAGACGUCGGUAUCCUGGUCAUCAGCGCACGGAAGGGCGAGUACGAGACGGGUUUCGAGAAGGGCGGCCAGACCAGAGAGCAUGCCAUGUUGGCCAAGACACAAGGCGUGAACAAGCUGAUCGUUGUCAUUAACAAGAUGGACGACCCCACCGUCAACUGGUCCAAGGAACGCUACGUCGAGUGCACCACCAAACUGCAGCAGUUCUUGAAAGGCACUGGGUAUAACCUCAAGACCGACGUCUUCUUCAUGCCGAUUGCUGCCCAGCAGACCUUGGGCAUCAAGGACCGCGUCCCAAAGGACGUGUGCCCCUGGUACGACGGACCGUCGCUCCUCGAGUAUCUUGACGGCAUGCAGGCGCUAGAGCGCAAGGUGAACGCGCCGUUCAUGAUGGCGGUUGCGGGCAAGUACCGUGACAUGGGCACCAUGGUCGAGGGCAAGAUCGAGGCGGGUGUUAUCAAGAAGGGCAUGAGCGUGAUCAUGAUGCCCAACAAGCAAACCGUUGAAGUGGCGGCAGCUUAUGGCGAAACCGAGGAUGAAGUGGCUAUCGCUCAAUGCGGAGACCAAGUGCGCCUCCGGCUUCGCGGUAUCGAAGAGGAAGAGAUUCUGCCUGGAUUCGUCCUCUGCUCGCCCAAGCGUCUGGUGCACAAUGUCUCGCAGUUCGAGGCACAGAUUCGAAUUCUCGACCUCAAGACCAUCCUCACGGCUGGCUUCAACUGCGUUCUGCACGUCCACGCCGCCAUUGAGGAGGUUACCUUCGCUGCCUUGCUCCACAAGCUGCAGAAGGGGACCAACAAGAAGAGCAAGCUGCCUCCUACGCACGCCAAGAAGGGCGACAGUAUCAUUGCCAUUUUGCAGGUGACGGGCGGGGCUGGGUCAGUCUGCGUUGAGAGGUUCGAGGAUUAUCCUCAGAUGGGUCGCUUCACGCUCCGUGACCAGGUGAGUCUACCCAUUUCCGGGGUGUCUUAUACAGCGCAUACUAAUUUUACCUUUCAGGGGCAAACCAUUGCCAUUGGCAAGAUCACCAAACUCAUUCAGGACGGCACCAGUGCUUAAGGCAUGAUUUUGUUGUGUAGUUCCUCGCGGCCAGCCCCUGUUGCACAGGAGAGAGCAGGGGCUGCUUAGAGGAAUGCGGCUCGGCGGGGUUGAUGAUAUUCGGCACGACUGGUGUUAUAUGAUAGAAUUGGUCCGUUUGGCGAUAUGAACAAAAAGUUAUUCUCUCCACGAACAGCUUCUGCGGUAUUGGGCCUCUGUCUGACCGAAUACUCGUUGCUGAGAUCAUCGUGAUGGACACGGAUGGAGUGGGUAGGUAUAACAACACAUGAUGACCACCCCCUGCGUCACCUCCGGCCACUCGAUUGCCUCCUGCAGUAGGUAGCAAUUUCACGAUCUGCGCUCUGCGCCUGGGCCUCCCAUCGCCUCCCAGGAGUGCCAGGGCUCCUCUGGAUG